AUGCCAUCUUCCCCGUUCAGCCUGGCACCGAGCCGCUGGCUGGUGAUGAUGGAUAUUGGGCGAGAGAAGGGGACUUGGAUGCCCCAAAGUUGGGGUAGAAGUGGGAGGAGAGUGGAAGUGGAUUUGCUCCUGGAAUUUUUACCAGGAGGAGAUAUGAAAGCGGUCGUCGACAGCCCCUUCGUUGAUAUGACAGUGACACCUGGAAAAUGGAGCGUGGGCGCAGCACAGGGAAAACCUCGGCGGCGACCAACAAACUCCUUGGGAAGCCUGACGUCGGACACAUGCCGGUUUUGGGUGGAGACGGACGGGUUCGGCAGGGGCGAUGUGACGAUUCCUGCUGGCCGGAUCUAUUUCGCCGUGCCGGCAUGGGGUGGUAAACUGUCGCGUAAAGGGCUCGUGACUGUCCGCCAAAGGCGGUGGUUGGUGCGCGAGGAGUCGCGUAUUCUGGGAGUUUUCGGGACGGAGCUGCUUAUUCCUGACGCUGAAGGGCGAUUGCCACCAAGAACUCCUCGUCCUCGGACGCCCCCAUUUCCAGAUGGUUUCAGGGAUGGUUGA